AACUCAACCACCUCCCAGAAGUGUAGUUAGUGUUUACACUUUACACAGUAAACUCCACAAUCCAUACACCAUACAUACACCAUAUACGCUAUACACUAUACACUAUACAGCAUAAAAACUACCCAAAAUGUCCGACCCCAAAUACGCUCAAUCGAAAUUCCUCUCUAGGGGUCCAUUGGACCCCAAAGACGCCAAAUGGACGAAACUAGUCCUAUCGACAUACACCGACCCCAACGGGGUGGAGAGGACAUGGGAGUCUGCGGAAAGACAGACCCGCCCCGCCAACUGCCCCAUCGACGGCGUCGGCAUCGUGACGAUCCUCAACAAAGAAACGGGCCCCGAACUGCUCCUCCAGAAACAAUACCGGCCGCCCAUCGACAAAGUCGUCAUCGAGGUUCCGGCCGGGCUGAUCGACCCCAACGAGACGGUGGAGGAGUGCGCGGUGCGCGAGCUCAAGGAGGAGACGGGCUACGUGGGCGUCGCGGAGCAGACGAGUUGUGUUAUGUUUAAUGACCCCGGCUUCUGCAACACGAACCUCAACAUGGUGCACGUGCGGGUGGACAUGAGCCUGGCCGAGAACCAGAACCCGAAGCCGGAGCUGGAGGAGAACGAGUUCAUUGAGUGCUUUAGUGUGCCGCUGGCGGGGCUGUUUGGGGAAAUGAAGAGGCUGGAGCAGGAGGGGUAUGCGAUUGAUGCGAGGGUGGGGACGAUAGCGGAGGGGAUUGAGCUGGCGAAGAGGUUUAAGCUUUGAGGUUGUUUUGUGGGAUGGAUGGAUGGAUAUAUGGGGUGGGGUUCUCUGAUGAGAUGAGGCGUGUAUAGAGUCGAUAUAUAGAACCGACGCAAUACAUUAGAGGGAUAUGGGAUCUCAUCGUCGCAUUAACUUCCUUCCGCUUCAUCGCGCAGUCUACAGUCUACUCUAUACCGGGGCCGGCAACCGCAAACCGCUACAAUUUCCCCUCAUCCCUCAACCCGCGAUACAGCGCCCACGCGGCAAGCGUCUUCCCAUCCCUCAACCCCUCCCUCCACAAAUCCUUCAACGGUACCACCUUCAACGUGAUCUUCUCCCCAUGCUGCCUCAACCCCGACAACCUGCCCUGCAGGGCCUCAAUAUCCUUG